AUGGGCAAGCGGAAGCGCGUGCAGGACGCGGCGCAGACGAUCGCGCUCGAGCAGGAAGCGCAGCACCCCAAUGCGAUUGCGGGGCGCGUCGUGAUUCCGCAGAAGCGGUGCCCCAAGGAGCCUUCCGACAUGGACUGGACCGCACACUAUCCCGAGCUGUGUGCGCCUGCUGCGGAUGGCACGGUGAGCAAAAAAGUGGAAUUCGCCGACAUUGGCUGCGGCUUCGGCGGCCUGCUGAUGCGCCUCGCGCCGCUGUUCCCCGACACGCUCAUGCUCGGCAUGGAGAUCCGGACGCAGGUGACGCAGUACGUGCACGACAAGAUCCUUGCGCUGCGUCUCGCACACAAGCAGGCCAAGGACGGCGACGCGCCCUCGGCGCCUGCCGCGGCCGAGGCGGCGGAGAUCGACGAAGACGCCGACGAGCGCCAGCAAAACGAGCGCAUGGUCGCCGAGGCGGGCCACGUCGCGGGAGGCUACCAGAACAUUAGCGUGAUCCGCUCGAACGCGAUGAAGUUCCUGCCGAACUUUUUCGAGCAGGGCCAGCUGAGCAAGAUCUUUUUCCUGUUCCCCGACCCUCACUUCAAGGCGCGGAAGCACAAAGCGCGCAUUAUCUCGCCAACUCUUUUGGCCGAGUACGCAUACGUCCUGCGCCCGGGUGGCAUCGUCUACACGAUUACCGACGUGCGCGACCUGCACGAGUGGAUGGUCAAGCACCUGACCAACUUCCCCCUCUUUCGCCGGAUUCCGGACGAGGAGCUCGCCGACGACCCGUGUGUGGAUGCGGUGACAUACAGCACCGAGGAGGGACGCAAAGUCGAGCGGAAUGCGGGCGACAAGUUCUUUGCCGCAUUUGUCCGCUUGCCAGAUCCCGAGGUCGGCGAGGAGUAG